GUCAAAAUCACCUGGACAGGCACACUCUGGCAUUGGACAACUAAACUUGAUGAUGUUCGGAAAAAAGGUCACCCACGUAAAAUUCGUGCAUUUCUUUAAAUAUAUACCAUAAAAAAUCAAUUUUAAAAACAAAUAAAAUAAAAUGUUAUUUCAAUCACAAAAAUAACAAAUUUCCCAAAAAUAAAACAGUGCAUUAACAACAAGUUCACAAUGGUAAAGUAAAUAGCAAAAGAAAACAAUUGCAUUUGAGUGCGAAAAAAAGUUACAAAAAAAAAAAGAAAAAUGGAAAAACAAAUAAUACACCUACCUUUUUCUAGUUUCUUCAAUAUUCACUGUACAUAUACAUAAAUAAGUUGUUGUUAAUAAUGCAAGCAAUAAACAAAAUCAAAUAAGAAAAAAAGAAAAUAAAUAAAUACAAAAAAUUAUUAAAAUAAAACAAAGAAGAAAUAACAAACUAAUAAAAAGCAGAAAACUGGCAUCAAAUGUCUGCUGCCAGUAUAAAAACUAAAAAUAAACCGAAAUAUUCGGUGUUGGCGAAACUACGGCCAAUAACCAACAAAUAUAAAUUUUCAUCAACAACUGCAACAAACAAUAAACGGGAGCCACUUUUCUUCUUCAUAAUGCGUUUAAAUUUAAAAGCGGCUCUUCUCUGUCUAUGCAUAGCAGUAUUUGUGAUAACACUCUCGUGGUAUAUGCGCUGUUCAGAUUUUAGUCUACCACACGUCUUAGUCCGCCGAUGGGAUCGUGGUAUCUAUGAUAGUAAUUCCAUAUCAUCUGCAGUGAGUGGGCAAAAUCAAGACAUUGACUGUCUUAUCAAUCAAGAAUACACAAUUCACUGUAAACGAGAAAAUGAAGAAGUCUACGUUCCUUUCUCAUUUCUACGAAGUUAUUUUGAGGUUUCUGGAGCUUUAAGUACAGAAAAUCAAGUAACACGAUUUAAUUGGACACAUAGCAGUGCAAAAAUCAACUACCCUAAGGGUAAAUAUGAUUCAAGAGGAUUAUUUAUGUACUUUGAGAAUUAUAACGUUGAGGUACGAGAAAGAGUUAAGUGCAUCAGUGCCAUUGAAGGAGUUCCCAUUAGUACACAAUGGGAGAAGCGUGGUUAUUUCUAUCCAACACAAAUAGCUCAGUUUGCUUUAUCGCAUUACAGUAAAAACCUUACAGAGCCGGAACCUCGCCGAAAGAUUCUCGAAGACGCUGAUGCCAAUCAAAUGGAAUGGAUAACUCCCAAAUCCAGCAACCUAACCCGAAUUUGGCAUCCAAAGUUCAAUACCACGGUUGUUCAAUUUGAAACUGCCAUCGAUUAUGAAAGUGCAGUCAGUAUUAAUGUUGACUAUGCCUUAGACUUAGUUCUGAGUCUGGAUGUUUUGUUAGUCAGCAAUAGCAGCAGUUUAAUGGUUACACUGCAAAAUCGAGAAACCAAGCACACAUACAAUUUGUAUUAUAUCAUAGCUGAUUUGGUGGUGAGUGUUCAGGAAGAGAAUAUCUACUAUGGACUGGGAAGUUCAUCAGUACAUCGCUGGCGACGUUUGACUCGUGAUCUUCUUAUCGAUGUGCAAAAGGGUCUACUCAAUCCCGACAAGAAGGCAAAAGUUCGUAGAAGUGAAUUAAAAGUAGCUUCAAUAUCAUUUCUGGGAAUUGGAUUCUUUGACAAUAUAACAUUGUCGACUUAUGAUCAUUUGGCUCAUUUCUAUGAUGCAGCCGAAUGGUUUGUAAAUAAUCAAGAUAGAAAAACUGGUGGCUGGCCAAAUCCGGUGAAAAGAAGUCUUCUGGGAUUUCAGGAAUUGAAGUCUGGAUGGUUGUCUGCGAUGGGACAGGGUCAUGCGAUAUCGGUUCUAUCUCGGGCUUAUUGGCAAUCAGGAGGUGAUAGAAGGUAUUUGAAAGCGGCAACUAAUGGACUUAAACCUUAUAAGGUGUUAUCAAAGGAUGGUGGUGUGCUGGCACAAUUUAUGGAACAAUAUUAUUGGUAUGAAGAAUAUCCAACGACUCCAGCAUCUUUUGUACUAAAUGGAUUUAUUUAUUCCCUACUGGGAUUGUACGAUUUGAAUUGUACUGCUCCAGCGGGUAUUGCUAGAGAAGCUGGAAAACUUUUCAAUCAGGGAAUGCAUUCGCUGAAAAAAAUGCUUCUACUGUAUGACACUGGAUCUGGAACAAUAUAUGAUUUGAGGCAUUUGAGUUUAGGUGUAGCACCAAAUCUAGCCCGAUGGGAUUACCACGCAACACAUGUGAAUCAACUCCUUCUGCUUGCUACUAUCGAUUCAGAUCCAAUUAUUUCUACAACAGCUGAUCGAUGGAAAAGUUAUAUGUUUGGCAAAAGGGCAAAACACAACUAAAUAAUUUAUUAACAAAAAAAAAACAAAAAACAUAGUUUAAGUGA